AUGUAUCCCGACUAUGGCGACGAGCGCGUGAACCUGCUCCAAAAGAUUCAAACCAAGGAUGACUUCGCCGCGAAGAAGUGGCGCUGCCUGACGCAUCCCAGCCGUGCCAUGGAGACCCUGGCGCCCUGGGCGGUCUUGGAGGUGGGGAUCUUGACGGCCCGGGAUCUCACGGAACGUGACGCGGGCUACUUCUCCACCGACAUCGCCCCGGAUUCCUUUGUGCAAGUGCUUAUGGACGACCGUCCGCUUGAGAAGUGCAAGACCACAGUGGCAAGGGCAAAGAGUGAGCCAAUGUGGAUCUACAAUUGUGAAGUCGAGAUCAUGGCACCCAUGUCUAUGUUGCGCUUUCAAGUGAAAGAUAAUCGCCCAUCCGAGCAAGAUGUCGACAUUGGAUUCUUCGACAUUUGUGUCGGUGACAUCCCCUACCAUCAAGACAUCGAAGGAUGGUUUGAGCUUCGCUUCCAGGAGAGCUUGUUAUCUACCAGCGUGGACCGCUACAACAAUCAUUGUCAAGUUCGAGAAGAGACCAAGACGGAGGAGCAGUUUCAAGAGAUUCAGGAAGAGAAGGUGAACAACAGCACUGCUCUCAUGGACAUCCCUGACGAUGAUCACGAGACCAAGCUGGUGCAGAAGAAGCAACGCUACUCCAGCAGCAAGGAACGGGCCUUGGAUGCCUUCCAGGCCUGCGUCCAGUCCACCGCCGAUAAAGCUGAAGCGUAUGGCUUCGAGUCCUUGAGCAAAGCCAUGACCGAGGGCAAACGCAAGCGCCGUAGCAACGCCGGAGAGCUCUACGUGUCCUUGCGCUUGAAGUUACUGGUGAGCAAGGCAGACAGCAUGUUCGCCUAUGCCUUGGAUCCCCCUCUGAUGGUGAACUAUGGCGGAUUGAAGCAGGAGGUGACCUUGUCAAAGCAGGUGGACAUGCAGAGGUGCUACGACGACUUUUAUGAGGUGAAAGUUCACGUCUUGGACAACGCACUUCUAUGUUGUGCCUAUGGCUUCCGCUACCUCGUGAGCUGGCGCUCCACCCUCUUGUCAUUGAUUUACCUGGUGGGCUUACUCACUUGCUGUUGGAAGACCUACUUGAACUGGGCCAUCAUUCCGCUCUUGUUGGCCUUGUCCUUGUGCAUCAACUCCUUCACCGAGGCGCGCCAGUACAUGACCCGCGGUGGGCUGAAUGCACCCUUGACGGAGGAGGGCUUCAAGCAAACUGCUGCUUGGCGCGACAGCGGAGAGGUCCUGAAGUUCAUCGAACGGCUGCUGCGGGAGGAUAUGAAGGCCAUUGUGGAGGACCCCAAGGGACAGCUCAAGGCCUUCGCUGCGCAGUGCGUUCGUGAUGGAAAGCCCACACUGAGCUUGGAGGAGGCACGCUUGGCCUUGCUGGCCGCAGACUAUGUGGAGGACCAAAAGGUCUACUUCCGUCGAGGGGACUUGGUUUGGGUGGAUGGCCGCUACCCCGCGCGCGUGGAGAGCAGCAGCGGAGAUUUGGUGAAAGUCUCCUAUGAGAAGACGUUGAUCGUCGAGGAGAAACCUCCCGAGGAGGUCCGCACCCGACAGCUGAUCCUGCGCGCCGACGCCUUGGGCUUGCCGUCCCUGCCCGCCUUGGGCCCGGUGCGCAACGUGAUUCUGGGGAUCUAUCCCAUCAUUGAAGACCUUCGGCAUGCAAGUCUGCCGGCCAUCCAGGCUUUGACGAAGCUCCUCACCUGGAAGUCCGCUGCCACCUGUGUCAUUCUCAUCGUUUUGCUGGUGAUCUCAGCGCUCUUCACUUGGGCAGCGGUCAUGCAUUGGUUGGCGGGAAGCCACAAGGGUGACAUGGGCUAUUGGCAGGAGGUGUUCAUCGCAGUGCUCAGGAGCCUGGAUAACACGGUGUGUGCCCUUGUGGUCAUUGGCAUUUUCCUCCUUCAGGCCUCAUGGCUGACGGCCAUCUCCAGCGGCAUCAAGAUGCUCACCCGCUCGGGCCAUGGCCGAGAUGCCCCCGCCCAGUGGGCCUUCUUCCGGGAAGAUCCGGCGCAGGCGGAGUUUUUGCGAAGCCUCCAAAACCCGAGCGAACACCGAACAGGGGUGGUGGAGGAGCACCCCGCGAACGGGAUGUUUCAUUUGCCCUACAUGACCGCCGACACGGGUAGCGCUUCGGCCACUUACCAAGCCACGCACAGCUCCUCGAUGGGACCUCACAGCUCCUCAAUGGGACCGUGA